UCGUUCGCUCUCUCUCUCUCGCGCGCGCUCUCCCAUCGCUGCCCUAACAGACAGGGCAGCCUGGCUGUUGUUUGUUCGCCCCGAAACCAACGGUUGUGUUUUGUUGCCCGUGUGUUGUGUUCCGUGCGACGAACGGAACCGUGUGUGUGCGGACUUUUUUUUCGUUUUGUGUUGUGCAGCUUCGUCUAAUAAAAGGCUAAUAAAAACGCGAAAUGUGUUGUCGCCGCGUACUCCAGGCACACAGGAUUUAGUAUCAGAUCGCAAGUGUGGUGAGCGGUGGCGACCGACGUAUCUAUCGGUUGGCGUGUGCAAAUUCACCCGAACGGAUUGGUCUCGGAUUGGUUCCAUCUUCUUCGAGCGCAUCUUACGCGCAUUGAACGCGCUAUCAGUCCGCGAGUUCGCCUGUGCGUUAUCAUCUCAAGGUGCAUCUUACGAGCAAUCCAUCAGCGGAAAAAGGAUUUCAACCCCGAUCCAGUGUGUGUGUCGGCCAGUGGCGGAAAGUGAUUUGUUUAGGAAAUCUCCCUAUCAACAUUGUGAACAGUCACGGGCUCUGAUGCAGUGUUUGGUUCGCGUGUAGUGGUGGUGGUAGUGAUGGUGGUGUUGGUGUGGUGCGCAUUGUUUUGACGUUUGCUGCAGACGUGAAAAUAUCGAACGAAACCAGCUGCGUGAGACGGCGAGGUGAGAUGUGCCCGGUGACUGGUGUGUGAGGAGGAAGCUUUGAGAAGGUCGUGCACCGCUUUUUUUUUGGGGUCAUGCGGGUAUGUGCAAAGACGUCUGCCGUGUUGUGAAAUGUUAGAAAAUGCCCCGAACCUCCCAGCAUCUAAUUCAUGUUGCACGAAAUCGCCCCGCAAAGUAGGCUGGUGGAUGGGAGAAAAAUAGCAGCUUCCAAUUAUAAAGCGACCGCGAUGCGUGUGUGAGACGAACCAUGCUGAAACCGUAAACUUUUACACGACGUCCACGGCAGCCUGCUACGCAGCAAGAGCCACUGGUAGUGAUCUCUCGCAUCAAGAUCUCUCUCACUGAUAGACGAUUCUUGCAACCGCCCGAGAAGCACCUGACUUGCCUGCUGUCGAGCUGCUGCUGAAGCAAAUCUCCCCCAAAGAAGUGUCCACAAACCGCUAACGCACUUCCUGGGGCACCUGUGCGUCCGGUACGUGCCGAAUAAGCCCACCGGCUCCCAGCUUCGAAGCUGUUCCCCGGCUCAUCGAUACACACCACUACACGCGUGACCAUCAGCAUCUUCUUACUCUCUAUCAUCCCUCCCUUCCUUCGCACGGCCCACGAUACACCGUGCACAACCGUUGAGUAAACUAACGCAAUCGUCAGAGCGCAUCCCAAUACCCCCCCCCCCCAUGUGUAAAAGCUUCCCCCAAAAUACCAACCCCCUCGUUCGGUAUCAAAGUUCUCCCCGGCAACGCAACGCGAGAGAGUGUUUGUGAGAGAGAGUGAGAAACAAUUGGCUUAGCUUCCGACAACACUUAGCCCCAUCAGCUGUGGGAAGCCAGCUUUGGGAGAGGAGCACAAACAGCACCGGGCAGGGGAGGGGCGAAGUAUAGGAACCGCCAGCAAACCCCCAAACCGUGAGAGUACCGCAGUAUAUCCAGAGCGGAGGCGGCGCGGUCCGACGUCACGGAGUGGGAAAAGGGUUCGGAGAGCCGGCCGGGUGCGCGCGAUAGUUUAAUGCGUCGCCGCGAACAGCGAACGGCGCAGCAACCGGCAGUGUUGGGUCGAGUUUCGCCCGAAACACGUCGCGAGAGCCAGCCAGCCAGACAGCGAACCCGAUCUACUGCGAGCCCCGGGCGAACGGGUGACGUACACAGUGCAGUGGAGAGCAGAGGUGUUAUGUAAAAUCGAACGAACGAAGACGAGUUCUCGGGACGAGUAGAGAAGCUGCCACAAACCACAUACUCACGCACACACUUUCUUAUCAUCCUGCAUCGUGUCAGCAGAGCCUGGGCGUUAGGCGCGGAUGUUUGUGACGCCGCGUGUAAGACAAACCGGGCGCGAGUUGCUUCAUUGGAUCGCCUUUUGUUGCGCGAGCGGUUGAGCAGCAGUUUCGGGUGGACAAACAGCGUCGAACUCACCGGUGGCACCGAGCAGCCGAGGUCCCAAACAUGCUGACCGGUGCAAAAUAAGCGAUCAGCAAAGUGCGCGACGGCAGUGUAAACAGCCGACGGCAGCAGUGGCUCGGCGCGUCCCCGACGAUGGUGUCGUUAGCGACAGUGCAGCACAGUUCGCUCGGAGCCCCACGGAUUGCCAUUCACACCACCGGCCACCACCGGCUGACCGAUUGGAGCGAUAAGAACGCGAUCGAACCGAUCGCCGAUCGAGUGCCAAGACCUGGCGCAGGCGAAUGUUCUGGUGAUAGUGGCGCAUCCCUGAGGAUUCACCGUGUUUAGGAACGGGUCUCUGUGUCUGUGUGUGUGUUGUAGUGUUUAUGUGUGAGGGCUGCCUCCUAAAACUGACCAAGGUGAUAAGCUUGUUGGAGGGAGGGGUAGGCGGAGAAGGUGCUGCUGUAGUGAAGGGUUGGCGGCCACACGCCGGCAGUCGCUGUCGUGAAGGUGAAACGGUGAAAAUAGCGCCCUGAGUGAGUGAACCUUGUGUUGUGUUAUUAUUUAUUAUUCUGUGCCCUCCAGUCACUGUGUGUGUGUGUGCUUCAAGACAAUUCCGGAAAGGUGUCUGGCGCUGGUUUUGCACUCCCGUGUAAGUGCAACGUUGUCAGCGAUCCAAGUAGGCAAAAGGUGCUAAAAGUAACAUUUUGCAACAUUGUGUAUUUGUGUGUGUGCGUGUGUGUGUGCACGGUUAGUUAGCAUCUUCCCCCACGUCUGGGCCGCGCGGUUCGGCUCACUCGGUGAACAGACACCGUGGCGAACGGAUCCCAUCCACCGCCCGGCCAUCCACGUCGAAGCAUCAUGUACUGGAUCCGGUCGAAGAAGCUGCGCGAGCGGCUCGCGCUCGGGUUCGGCGCCCUGCUCGUCCUCUUCACCCUGCUGCUCGUCGUCGACCUGCAGAUGGAUCUGGGGGUUUCGCGCGGCGAGUUCAUACCCUCGCACGCCCGCAUCCGGUACGCGAACCAGCCGGACCGGGCCGGCAUCUACAACGAGUUCCACCGGAAGUAUCUCGCCAAAAGCAACGCGUCCGGCUCGAAGGAGUACCUGACGACGAACGCGCAGCAGGCCCAGCACCGCGGCCACACCGACACGUCCGGGCCGGGCUACCCGGGCAAGGCGGCCGUCACCACCACCGUACCGCCGCCGCACGAUCGCUUCAAGGAUCUGACCGCGCUGGUCGUAGCGCCGCGCUCGAGCAAGCACCGGGCCCCGCAACCGUUCGAGCGUAUCAUCGUGCGCGAGGAAGCGUACACGGACGAGCCGCUCGACGAUGACGAGGCGAACCCGACGCUCGGCGAGCUGCUCGAUCUGCGGCCCGGCCCGAACGCCUCCAACCUGGAGCGCUUCCAGCUGCGCAUCUCCAAGCGGGAGCUGUACCGGCGGGACGACACGCUCGUGAACGCGGUCAUCGACGACAUGGUGCGGCUGCCGAUCCUGCACGUGGUGCAGAAGGAGGGCGGCACCCAGCUGAAGCUGAUCAUCGACUACCCGAACGAGGUGCACGCCCUGUUCAAGCCGAUGCGCUUCCCGCGCGAACAGCAAACCCUGCCGAACCACUUCUACUUUACCGACUACGAGCGGCACACGGCCGAGAUAGCGGCGUUCCAUCUCGACCGGCUGCUCGGCUUCCGGCGGGCGAUGCCCGUGACCGGCCGCAUCCUCAACAUCACCACCGAGAUCUACCAGGUGGGGGACGAGGUGCUGCUCAAGACGUUCUUCGUGUCGCCGAGCAGCAAUCUGUGCUUUCACGGCAAGUGCUCGUACUACUGCGACACGUCGCACGCGAUCUGCGGCAAUCCGGACACGCUCGAGGGUUCGUUCGCCGCCUUCCUGCCCACGCAGGACGAUACGCAGCGCAAGGUGUGGCGGCAUCCGUGGCGCCGCUCGUACCACAAGCGCCGGAAGGCGCAGUGGGAAACCGACUCCGACUACUGCACGAUGGUGCGCGACAUACCGCCGUACGACGAGGGCCGCCGGCUGCUCGACCUGAUGGACAUGGCCGUGUUCGACUUCCUCACCGGCAACAUGGACCGGCACCACUACGAAACGUUCAAAAUCUUCGGCAACGACACGUUCCCGAUCCAUCUGGAUCAUGGGCGCGGGUUCGGCAAACCGUUCCACGACGAGCUGUCCAUCCUGGCGCCGGUGCUGCAGUGCUGCCUGAUACGGGCGUCCACGCUCGAGACGCUGCUGCGCUUCCACAACGGCCCGCGGCCACUGUCCGAGGCGAUGCGCGAAUCGAUGGCGGUGGAUCCGAUCGCGCCCGUGCUGUGGGAACCGCAUCUGACGGCGCUCGAUCGGCGCGUCGGCAUCGUGCUGCAGGCGGUGCGGGACUGCAUCCGCAAGUCGUCCGAGGAGGACACGGUGCACGGUGGCAUACCGGAGGUGCCGAAUGCGCUGGGACAGAGGGAUGCGAACGGGUUCUAUCGCUCCUAGCGACUGGCGGCCUACCGGCACGGGAUGGAGCUGCAGGAGCGGCACGGACGGCUGCACGCCGUGAACCACCGGUACGCGCGGGCGGAACAGCCGGUCCAGUAUCAGCAGCAGCAGCAGCACCAUUACUACCAGCAGCAGCGGGGCGGUGCUCCCCGAGCCGGCUCCUCGACACGCUUCCUCGACCGAAGCCGCACACUGUACAUAGUUGAGUAGGUGGGACGAAUCCUAAGGGUCGCCGUGUGUAUCAGCACACCGUAAGACUAAUGGGACACAUUACUAAGGCAAUGUUAGGCUGUAAGGUAGGAGGGGAAUUCCUUUGCGCGAGUAUAUGUGAAUGAUUUGUGUGUGUGUGCGGAUGCGAAUGAUUGCGAAUGGUUGCACGAGUGAUAUGAGCGUUUCUUGUAGGGCUAAGCAUAUAAUUCUACUCCCUCGACAUGAGCGGCCUAGAGGUUCCUAACCAGCAUGGGGGGGGGAAGAGUAGCGUGUGUGUCAAACGAAACCGAACCGGGGUCGGAAUCGGUGAAUGUGAAAAGCCAACAAAAAUCCGCGGGGAAAAAGAAGAGGAACUUUUGUUUUGUUUUUUAAGUUGUUUUAGUCACUGUAAGAAAUACUGAAGCGACACAGUUCGGAUCGAAAGAUCGAGCGUAAGAAUGGAAAUAAAAAGUGGCACCACCACCCACACGGUGCGGAACAUUGACCGCCUGCAUUGAGGUUAGGGUCGCGGCCGGUAAAGUCCACCCGUUAUUCUGCACCGAGCUGUGCCACUAGUUGUGUUUUAGGGAUAGAGUAGACGAGUUAGCAAUACCCUUAGUAGCGCAAUAGUUAAACCCCGAUCUUCACCCAACACCCCCGUUCCCUCCCUCUUCCCGCGGGGUGCCGGGUUGAAGCUUCUUUGAGGCCAAAGUUUUUAGUACACCACACAUGCACCCACAAACCUACACACUCCCUGUCAGGACGAUACUGCAGAUGAAGUAGAGCGAGCGAACUGAAUGGUUAUGCGUGUGUGUGUGUGUUUUUGUUGUGUUUGCGUUAAAUUUUCUUGUUACGAACGAAUCCAACCCGAUCCUCGAAGCCUCGGAGUGCGUUUUCUUGCGGAAGAAGAACACGUGUUGUGCUAAGUAGGCGUUCGCUGUUGCGCUGCGUUUUCGUGCGUUCCACGCGACACAGUUGAUCGCUCUAAAAGGCCAGUAAAUUAAUAGGAAGCGAGUGAGUGUGUACGAGACGCGAAAAGAGAGAGAGAGAGAGAGAGAGAGGAAUAAUAUAGAGCAAUAAUAAAAUUAAAUCCAAAUAACAGUCUAUCAGUGUCGAUAGGAAAACAGCAAAAAAACACCCCAAAGGAGGGCAAAAACAAAACCACUCAUGCUUGGAAAGUUGAUGAUGAGAUGUGGUAGCUGAGCAUAAGCAUAAGUUCACACAUUACGAUAGAGGAGAAGCAAACGCAUAAAAAUGCGCAUCAUGAAAGGGAGAGAGAGAGAGCGAAUGUUUUGGCGCAUGAACGCAAAAGUCAAUACGCAUUUUCGCAUCGGGCGCGUCGCAAGUGUGCGCGCGCGUGCACGACUGGGAAGCCAUUGUGAUGUAUGUUUCUUGUUGUUUUUUUUUGUUUUGUUACGUUUAAAAAACAAAUGGAGGAGGUGAGAGCAGGUAGCGAGAUGUUUCAAAGUUCCGUCAAGACGCUGUUGUACUGCGCAAGGGGGAAACGGGAUGAGUUUAGUUAUAUGCGCAAGCACGUUGCUGCACGUGGCUGCAAGUGGAGCAGCAGAGAAACGGUAAUGCAUCAACAAAAUGUAUUUAAUAGGGGGGGGGGGGGGAGAAAAGGGAAGAAGCGAAUAUAAAACACACACACAAAUAGAUACCAUAAACACAAACCAACCAUGAUAGUAAGAAUACAGUAGAGCGGUACGAAUAAUAACUAAAACAAUGAAACAUAUGUAACGAAAACACCGUAACACACGAGAAGGACAUGAAGCAAAAGAAGAAAAAAAACAAAAAAGGUAAUACAAAACGUGCUAAUCUUUCAUCCACUUAUGUAGAUAACUCUCUGCUUUUUUUAAUGUUCUUUUUGUUGUAAAAUUGUACACUGUUUCUUUCACUUCCUAAUGCCAGACUGUUGUUUCGGUACUUGUCUACUGUCCUUCUCGCUUUUGCCCUUAAAUCGAUGGAAGUAAGAAUUGAACCUUUUGGAGUGGGUGAUUGCAGCAGACUGCUUGCAGAAAUUGAAGGUUAACAAAGAUGCCAAAAAUAGUUAAAGUACCGUGGGCCGCAUAAUACGUUGCAAUUUGGUGGCCAUUGCCACUGCCGGAAACGCCAACAUGGGAAAAGAGAGAAAGAACAAAACGCUCCAUCGAAAGGGAGGGUGGGCCGAUAUCGAUUACUGGCCAAUCAUGCUCUUUGCCCAGCUCUUUGAUUAAGUUUGAUUUGUUUUACUGUUGCCCUUCUCUCUCUCUCUCUUUGUCUCUCCCUUCCUUAUUAUUUCGCCCUUGUGGCCCUUCUCAUCUGGCGUGGCUCAACAUUCACACCCCGAGAGAAGAGAAUCGUCGGAAAUUGCAACGAAAAUUUGCCUAACAUCAAAAAUCAAUGACCAUAAUGGGUACACGCAUGGGAAAGUGAAUGGCGUGCCGGUCCCGUUAGCACGGAUUUCUGGUGCGCAAAACAUUACACAUUAAGCGCAAUCUGUUGGAUUAGGAAGCAGCAUCAUUCCACACUUUUUCUUUUGUAGGGUUUUUUUUUGGUGGCUAUUUCACAAUGCGCCAAGUGUACAUUUUGUAAAAAUAAAACCGUUCUGUUUGAUGUGGUUGCCCAUUUUUCCAUUGAGGCGUGUGUGCUUUGAGUGUGUGUAUGUGUGUAUGUGUGUCUUUGUAUAUAGAGCCGUCCGCUCCCCGUGUCUGUUAUCCACUUAAAUCGUUAAUAACGUCUACUUCCUUCCUGCCCCGUUGGUACAUGUGAGACGAUCCCUCGUUAUGUGGACUUCGUUUUAUUGCCUCUCUCUCUCUCUCUCUCCCCUUCUCUCUGUGUGUGUAAUCGGGUUUGUUUUGUUGUCUGUUACAAUUACUGCCACUAUCCAGCACACAAUGUUCGCAAUUUUGUCAAUGUUAAACCAGCGUGUCAAAAGUUAAAGCCAGAUGCAAAACGAUUGCUAUUU